UUCCAAAUUCAUUCUGUCCUAAACCCUCGUCCCAUUCCUUGAAACCCUCUCCGUUAAACCCCCUCGCAGCCUCGUUCUCCGAUCACCGGCGUCCGCCGCGCGAGAAUGAGCCGUUCCAUGGCGCCCGCCGGCGGUGCAAGCACCGGAGGCGGAGGAAACACGGCGGCCAGAGGAGGCGGAAGCAGCGCGCACGGGGUGUUCGACAUAACGCCGCAUAAGAUCGCAGUGUGCCAGUUGAUCCAGGUCUUCGCCCCGCCCGCGCAGCACUCCGUUCCUUUCCCCUUCCAGUCCGUCCCCCACCACAACCGCCUCGGCCUCUUCCUCUUCUCCCUCACAAGGUCUUGUGAUGAUUUCUUGGAGCCUCCUUUGGAAGAACUUUUAAAUCAACUUAAGACAGUGGGUGGCUCAGUUGAUGAUUGGUUGAGUGAUCAGCUGAUUAGCAGUAUGGCGGCACUAUCUUCUCCAGAUGAUUUGUUCAAUUUCUUUGAUAAGCUGCGAGGAGUGCUUGCACCACCUGAAGGUGCUAAUGUGGAGGAUGAUCAAAUAUUUUUGGAUCCUAACAGCCACUUGGGUGUCUAUUUACGCUGUUGUAUGUUGGCAUUUAAUCUUUUAUCAUUUGAGGGAGUUUGUCAUCUAUUAACCAAUAUAGCGGUGUAUUGCAACCUAAAUGACUCUACGUAUGAGUUGCCUGAGGAAGAUGAUUACAACGAUGAGCAAGAAUUUCAUGAUCUGCUAGGUGAUGCGGACAUGGACCUUGAUACUACUACCGCUCUUUAUCAGAAAUAUAGGCAUGAAUCUGGAGUUGAAGCACAUGUUGGAGAAAGCUCUGUUCUGCAUCUUUCUCCACAGAGACCUAUGUAUGGUUUUCUAGAAGAUAUCCAGGCUUCAGCUAAUCCUAAGCUCAAAACAAGCUUUGUUGGUGCUGAGACCAGUGAGUUUGUUUCCUUGCGAGAAAAUGCAAUGAGAAAUGAUGAUCAUCAAGGUUUUUUACGCUCUAAGUGUCAAAUAGAGGGGUAUCUGAAUAUGCAAGCUGAUUUUCUGGAGAGAGAUGCUGGAUUGUUUCCUUUAAAUUAUUUCAAUGCAAUUUUGAAGCAGCUUAGAAAGUUGGCUCCAGAGUUGCAUCGUGUAAAAUAUUUGCAGUACUUGAAUGGUGUUCAUCAUAAAGAUUACCUUACAGCUAUGGAUAACCUUCACUGUUAUUUUGAUUAUAGUGCAGGGAUGGAAGGACUUUUUAGCCGCUCAUCUUCUUCACAGCUUGAUAUUAAUGUUGGUAGGUAUGAGACUGCUUUGUUGUGCCUCGGCACUAUGCAUUGUCAUCUUGGGCAUUCUAAGAAAGCUCUGGAGGCUCUAACUGAAGCAGUGAGGAUUUCUCAGCAGAAUACUGAUGAUUCCUGCCUGGCUUACACGUUAGCAGCUAUUUGCAAUCUUUUAUCUGAAAUAGGCCUUUCAAAUACGACGGGGAUAAUUGGAUCUCCGUAUUCACUUGGGUCUUCUACAGGCUUUGGUACUCCAAUGUCAAUUCAGCAGCAAUUACUUGUACUCUUGAAAAGGUCUUUAAAGAGGGCAGACAGUUUGAGGCUUCUUGGUCUUGUGGCUUUUAACAGACUUGCACUUGCAAAAUUUGAUAUUAAGCACGUGAAGAGACCAUUGCUAUCCUUUGGUCCCAAGACUUCUACAAAGCUAAGAACAUGUCCAGUAAAUGUCUGCAAGGAGCUUAGAUUAAGUUCUCACGUCCUGAGUCAAUUUGGGUCAGAAGGAGUUCAGCAGCCAUUUGAUGAUGUUGCUUUUAGCACGUCAUGGCUGAAAAACCUUGCUGCUGUCACUGCACCAUGGUUGAAGAGUUCCAGGAAAUCAAAUAUCACCUACACGAAUGAUUAUGAUGUAUUCCAUUACAAUGCACAGCCAAAUCCAAUUCCUGGAAGUUUUCUACAAUUGGCUGGUGCAUCAUAUUUGCUUAGAGCUACUUCCUGGGAGCUGUACGGCAGUUCUCCACUUGUACGGAUAAAUGCAUUGGUCUAUGCAACCUGCUUUGCUGAUGCAGCCAGCUCAGCAGAGAUGUCUCUAGCAUUUGUGAAGCUUAUCCAGCAUCUUGCAGUAUAUAAGGGAUAUAAAGAAGCUUUGGGUGCUCUUAAACUUGCUGAAGAGAAGUUCUCAUGUUUGUCAAACUCUCGGCUACAAAUGCUAAAGCUACACUUGUUGCAUGAGCGUGCUCUACAUAGAGGACAACUCAAAGUGGCUCAACAAUUGUGUGAUGAGUUUGAGAUGCUGGCCUCGCCAGUCAUUGGAGUUGACAUGGAGCUUAAAAUUGAGGCAAGGCUUCGGCAUGCCCAUACUCUACUUGCUGCUGACCAGUUUAGUCAGGCAGCUGCUGUAGCGCACACUCUUUUCUGCGAAUGCUAUAAAUUCAAAAUGCAAGUUGAGAAUGCUACUGUGCUUCUAUUACUUGCUGAAAUACACAAGAAAUCAGGAAAUGCUGUUCUGGGGCUCCCCUAUGCAUUAGCAAGUCUUUCGUUUUGUCAGUCAUUUAACUUGGAUCUGCUCGAAUCAUCGGCUACUCUGACUAUUGCUGAACUCUGGCUCUCUCUGGGCUCAAUUCAUGCGAAGAGAGCAUUAAGUCUUGUAUGUCGAACUCUUCCAAUGAUUCUUGGUCAUGGAGGACUAGAGCUACGCGCACGAGCACACAUAGCCUUUGCGAAAUGCCAUUUAUCCGACCCAACUUUUUCAAUUUCCGAAGAUCCUUCUGUUGUGUUGGAUCCCCUGAGUCAAGCUGCAGAGGAGCUUGAAAUUUUGGAGUAUCACAAAUUAUCGGCCGAAGCAUUUUAUUUGAUGGCUAUUGUUUACGACAAACUCGGGCAACUGGAAAAUAGAGAGGAUGCUGCAGCUGCUUUCAUGAAGCAUCUGAUUGCUCUUGAAAACCCUGAAGAUGGUGAUGAUCUUAAUCGAUAGCUGUGGAAUUUAGAGAACAUUUCAUUUCACUGCUGAUAACUUAAAAUACUUGUGGAGAUGGCCUUGUAACUUUUUAUUUUAGUAUUUAUUUCUCUGUC